CCUCUCGUUUGGGACGAUAUGUUACGCCAUGUUUCAGAGUCAGCUAUGCAGGAGGUGCAUCUAGGAGAUCUUGUUGAACCAAUGGUAUGGGUCUAUGCUGAAGAUGUUUACAGGUUUGUCCAGCCAUCAGUAUGGAGCAAAUAUGGUCAGAUUUUCCCUCGUGUUUGGGCAGCAUCAGCAUUUAAAGGUGCAUUUGGUGAACAGCUGACAGUACCAAAUGUAAGGAGACACUUGGAUAACAAUCUCAAUUGGCUUGAUGUAAUGGCCACCGAAGACCGAAAAUUCACUGGUGGUUUCCGUGGAAUAGUCCUGACUGGUUGGCAGCGAUAUGAUCAUUUUGCCGUACUCUGUGAACUGCUUCCUGCUGCCCUGCCAUCACUCUCAGUGAAUCUGAUUGCAACAUCACAUGGAUUCUUCAAUGCCUCAGUUCAGGGACAAUUGUAUCAGGCCCUCAACUGCAUGCAGACUCCAAAAUACCAGUCUUGGCUUAACCUUGAUGCUGACCCAUAUCUCUGGGACAAGUUUUCUUGGUGCUUCUUCCCUGGUGCACAGGUGUUCAAGGUUACAGCCCGUUUAGAUGCUACCAAACGUGAUGUUGAUGCCUAUAUUGAGCGAGUAACCAAGAGUCGUGGAUGGAUCACAGAUUACAAUCGGCGCCACAACUUCUCCUCUCCAAUGCGAGUGGAUGAAGACCUGGAGGAACUACCGGCAAGAGUUCAUGCUGUAACUCUCCUCAUGAAGACAGCUCGAGAAGCUUUAUCUGAGUGGUUUGAUGACUGGACAGUUGGUGAGUGGCUGGAGGAACGAGUAUGGCCCCUUCUGCAUAGUCUCCAUAAACUACAACGUGAAGCAGAGAGCAUGAAGGCUGUGCGAUACUGGCCAGCUAGACCCCUGCCUCUCCUUCCAGAGCUUGCUGCAUAUGGAGUCUCUCAACCUAGCAGUAUUUCUGAUAAUGCAUUGGAUACAGACACUGGAGGAGGAGGAACAUGAAUGCAUAGCAAGUUAGCAGCAUUCACAUGGCUAAGAGAGCCAUAUCCUUCAUAGUGGAGGACUAGGAUGUUCUUUGUUUGAUGGUAAUCAAGUUGUGAAAUUUACGUAUUUAUUUUACAUAUUAGGUGAAACAUGUCAUUAUAAGUAUUUUUAAAAAGAAAUGUGAAUCAGCAUAUUGAGAAUGUGUGUUCAUAGCUAAGUCAUAAUAUAGUAAUUCUCAUGGAAUGAAGAAAUGUGCUGUCACCCUUGUAGAUAAAUUAGUCAUCAUCCAGGAAAAAACUAAUAAUUUUGUUAAGAGAUAUGAUCAUUGCCCCUGUCACUCUAAUUGUCAGAAAAGAAAAGCAUUACCUAGUCCUUUUUCAAUAAUACAGAACUUAAGCCCAAACCUUCCAGUAAUCUUGCACUAUUUAAGGAAAAAUAUUGGAUCGGUUUCUUACAAAGUUUCUUGCUUCACAUUGGUUUGAGUGCAUUCUGGAGUCUUUCAAUAUGAUUUAUGGCUUUAGAUUACUUGUUAAUAAAAGACUCAUAAGUUGAAAUUGCUUAAGUAGUAAUCUGGAGAGGAAUCUUUGUAAAAGUCAUUGGAAUCAUGUGCUGCCAGCUGAUCUAAAUUAUGGUCUUUGUGGAAGUUGCUUACCAAGACUUGCCUUCAGUUUCUGACUUGAUCCUUACCAUAUUUUACAGUUAGUUUCUACACCUUGACAGUACUUUGACUGAACAUGUUUAUAAGGGUAAUAGCUCUUAGAUAAAGUUCUAAUUGGGCAGUAUUGGGGACGGAUCCUGGGCUAAAGUAAAUGUUGUGCAGUAGAGCAUGUGGCCUCAGGUAGAAGUGUAGAGAAUCUUGGAAUGUAUAAGUUAAGUGAAGAGAACUGUAGCCUUAGAUAUUCUCGCAAGAGGAUUUAAUUAUAUUUUUAUAAUGAAAGGUUGUAUAAUGCAUUGUAAUUUCAAUACUUAAUUAACUUACCCCUCUAGCCAUUGUUUCCAAGCAAGAGUUGAAUGUUGUUGGAACAAUUCAGUGAACAUGUGAUUAAUACAAGAUAUAUGAACAGGCUAUAUACACACUUGGAUCAUGGUUAGAGCUGACUGAAUCUUUUGUGAUCCAGGAUCUGUCCCUGAUUGUGUAGACAUUUGCUCAAAUGUGGCAAUCAUCCUUCAACUACCAGACGAAAUACAAUCGUCAUAGCAAUCAUUCCUGGUGUCAUUCUACAUGACAAAACCUGUUUUUCCCUCAAUAGAUUAUUUUAUUUGACCCCAUGACCAUAGUGAACAAAAAAUCAAUAAUGAUAAAGUUGUGAGUAACAUCCUUCCUAUUUGAUUUAUUUUUCAUUAUAAUUAUUUUUCUUUUUUUAGAGAGAGAGAAAGGAUGGUAUCAACAAAAUGACAUGUAAAUACCUCACAGAUGCAUUUGAUGACAGUUGAUUAUCCUGUAUCAGGAUGUAUGACUGGCUUUGAACUGAAUUAACGUAUCCCAUACUUCACAUGACUUUGUUGUAUUAGAAAAAGAAGAUAAUUUAUCCUGUGAUCAUUACCCAUCGUAUAGACUUUUCUUCUCAGUAUUUUAAACCAUUGAACAUCUUUCUUUGCUAACAUAUUUUUGCUGAGCUUUUCUGACUAAAACCUUUUUUUUCUAGCUAUGAUAUAUUUAUGAAGAAGUUUGCUCUUACUGCAAGUUGUCAUUCUUUAUCACUGGCACUCCUUUCCCUUAUAUGAAAAAAAGAGUUCCUGUUAUACUGCAACAAUAGGAUUUGUAGUUUCCAUUACCUUUACUCUAAUAAUCUUAAUAUCGAAAAAAAAAUUAAGGACAUUCUUCACCUUUUUAAACUGUCAUGCAUUUUCUUAUAUUUUACAAUGCUUUAUAUCACGAGAGUUGAUGACUGAUAAUGUUUCCAAACAACUGUUCUCUGGUAUUUGAACUCUGUCAGACUUAAACACUGGGUUUAUUCAACAACUCUGUAAACUUGACAGAAUUGGAGUCCAUGUGUUAACUAACAGUGAAUUCUGUCUGGUAGUAGUGUAUCAGAUGUAACAAGACCUGGGUGUUCUUCACCCGUGUAUUACUUGGUUUAUCAUAUACUGACAAACAGGAAAGUCCAGUCUCAUGCAAGAAUCCACAAAUUACAGUGUAGAUGAGACUGCAAGGGAAAUAACUGCAUAAUUUCUAGGCCGGCUUUUAUUAUAUUACUCUAGAGGUGCCGUGUAUCACUUUCAAUGUAUGUAAGACCGUUUGUAAAAACUACUGAAGAAGAAGCUGGUCAGGAAAUUUUGGAAAGUUGUGUGUUCUGUAAUCCCAUGUUUUAUUGAUUGCUUGUGAUAUGUGUGUAUUAGAAUUUUGAAAUUAAGAGAAUAAUCUAGUAAUUUCUGUAUCUUAAUUUAUGGUAAAACUAUAAGAGAUCUGUGAAUAUCAUGUAGAUAUUCUAUGAAUAUCUUGGUCCUUUUUCACACAGCUGUUACGCAGCAUAGAGAACUAUAGUAACAUUUUGUUUUUACUGUUUUGUUAUUUUUCUCUCUCUCUUUUUCAGCCGCCAUAAAUGUUUUGGGCUUAAUGCUCAAGAGAGAAGUAGAAUGAGAAAACGUAUGAUGAUGAUUUAGGGCAGUGUUUUCUGUAGAGAUUUACAGUAAAAGGUAUUCAAGUAUUGAGAAUGCGUAGACCAUCACUUUAAUUUCAUAUGUUUAGGGAUUUGUAUGCUGCUUUCUCUGGAAGGCAGAUUUGAUCAUGCACUUAGUUGGUAAUGCAAAUAAAUUCACAGUAAUUACAAGCAUUUCUUUUAGCAAAGAUUUUUUUUCUUCUAAUUUAAGCUAUGGUUAUGCUUAUAUUUAUGGCGGAGAGUCAGUUUCAGUUCUGAAAACAACCUACUAUGUAACAGUUUGUAACCUAUACUUUCAUGGCAUAUAUUGAAGACAAACAAUGAACAAAGAUUACAAAGGACAAAAAAGGCAUGUGUUACAUCUUGGUCAUCUGUCAACCUUCUCUUUCAUUGGAAGGAUUAUCACAUUUUUGUACAUGUCCAUUAAAGGGUAUGGGAAAACCUAGAAGAAAAUGACUUGACUCUUUAAGAUCAUUGUCCCAGGCAGUUAAAUAAUGAAAAUAAUUGUAUUUGUUAAUAUUGCUUACAAAUAAAAAAUAAAAUGAAAUAAAAAUGCUUAUAUAGAUAUCAAUAAAGUGCAAUUUAUUACAGCUUUCACCACAACCAACUUAAAUGCCAUGAAAGUACCAGAAGCUAGUCAUUGAUACUGAAAAAGGGAAAAAUAUGAAAGAUGAACAUAAAAGCUUGAUUAAUUUCUUACAUGGUUGUGCCAGAAUCUUACUGACUGACUGCUGUAAGUUCUUAAGACUGUAUCCUGGUGCCUAAACAGACAUACAGGAAUGAAUGAUUUAUUUUUGUAUUAUUUAUAUUUUCAUAAGCUUUAUUGCAGUUCGCAGUAUACAUAUAUAGUUUUAUUUUGGGUUAAAUACUACCAUGAGUUUCCUAUAUCUUUAGUCUUAUUUACAAUCUGUACAGCCAUUCUCACUGUAAAUAAAGUAUAUAGUAUAAAA